AUGCAAUUACUUUUUUUUUCAGAAAUCUACCCUGAGCCAUUUUUAUUAUCGCGCAUCACAACUGCAAUCCUGGCAACGGAUCUGACAACUUAUGAUUCAACACUCAUCCUCGCAGACGGAAUCGGAGAACAUUAUCCUUAUAUGUUGGACGUUGACACUGUGGACAAAAAGGUUUACUUUAUAAGUUCCUCACACAUAUAUCGGGUGAAUUUUGACGGUACUGGUAAACAAAUGGUCUUGGAAAAUUCAUACCCUCGUGAUAUAGCAAUUGACUGGAUAGGACGUCGUAUAAUUUGGAGCAGUAUUAAUCAAAACAAUAUCAACAUUGCGGGAUUAGACAGCAGUGAAAAAAGAGAGCUGAUCAGUACCUGGAAUCCUGUGUAUAUAGCAGUGGAACCCAUUGCAGG